AUGAAGUUCCAGAAUCUCCUCCCACUCAUGGUGGGCGUUGCCCUAGGCGAGAUCACCUCCUUCUCAGCUGAAGGCCGAAACGACGUCUUCUUCAGCAUCGCCAUUCCCGACUCAACCACCUCCAGCUCGGGCCCCGUGCUCUUCCAGAUCCAAGCACCUACCUCGGUGCAAUGGGUCGGCUUCGGCCAGGGCGAUCAAAUGGCCGGCGCCAAUAUGUUCGUCGUGUACGCCUCUUCCUCCGCACAGAACGUGACGCUCUCGCCGCGCUCGGGCAAGGGCCACGUGGAGCCGCAGUUCAACCGCGACGCGCAGGUCACCCUGCUGCCAGGCAGCGGCAUCCGCAACGGCACAAUGACUGCCAACGUGCGCUGCGACAACUGUCUCCAGUGGUCAGGCGGGUCCAUGGACCCGACCAGCGCGUCGGCACCAUGGCUGUAUGCGUACAAGAACGGGGCGGGUCUGAACUCGGACAGCGUGACGGAAGAGAUCUCCUUCCACGACGGGUACGGUGGACGGUACGUGGACUUGACCCGGGCCAAGGUCAACACCACCAACGCCGACCUGUUCGUGAACUACAACCCAGCAGCGUCGGCGACAGGCGCAAGCACCGCCAGCAGCGGUGGCGGCGGCAACUCCCAGGCCAUGCUGAUCGCGCACGGCUUCCUCAUGUCCUUUGCGUUUGUGGUGUUCUUCCCGCUGUUCGCGCUGCUGGUGCCGCUGCCCAUCCGCGUGUCCGUGGCCAAGGUGCACGCGCCGCUGCAGGUCUUCACGCUGGCCAUGGCGGUCGCCGGGAUGGGUCUGGGGAUCAAGUUGGCGGUGGACGGGAGCUUGAUGAAGAAGGCGCACCCCAUUAUCGGCAUCGUGGUGGUCAGUCUGCUCAUCCUGAUGCAGCCGGCGAUGGGCCUGCUGCAGCAUAUGCACUUCCGGCGCACGGGGGGCAAGCAUGUCGCGGCGUACGUGCACCGCUGGAUGGGUCGGGGUCUGCUCACCCUGGGCAUUAUCAACGGCGGUCUGGGGUUUGCGUUAGCGGGCGUGGGGAGCCCGGGGGCGCCCCGAGGCGCGAUGAUUGCGUAUGCGGUGAUCGCGGGUGUCAUGGGAGUGGUCUAUGUGAUCGUCAGCUUGGCGGUGGCUGUGCGAGGGCGGAAGAAGACCGAGGAGCUGUCUAGCAGCAAAGAGAAUCCCAAGGGGAAUGCGGAAGAGCAUGCGGAGGGGGAUACGACGCCGUCGUCUACUCCAUAA